UGCAGGGGAAUUAUUUUCUGCAGCGCUGUGGUAACCUUCAAAAAGCCAUUUCGAGAACCCUUUUGGCCAUUCAGCAAGCAAACUACGCCAAAAUUUACAGAUCCCGAAACUCUGAAAGCGAUAUCUCUCAGCGCGCCGUUCGCCAUCCUGCAGAUUAAAGCGUCACACCAACAACAUUCACAAUGAUUCGCAAACAAGCCAGGCAAAGGCGAGACUAUCUCUACCGAAAAGCAGUUCUUCUGCGCGAUGCCGAAGUUUCAGAGAAGAGGGCGAAGCUGAGAGCUGCCUUGGCUUCGGGCAAGCCGCUGGAUCCAGAACUCGCCAAAGAUACCCAACUUCGCAAAGACUACGACUACGAUGCGUCGCGCGACGUCGCCGAGGAUGAUUCUCUCGAUAUCGAUGAUGAAUACUCCGAGCUUUCAGGUGUCGUUGACCCUCGCAUUCUUGUGACUACUUCUCGAGACCCCAGCUCGAGACUCAUGUCUUUCAGCAAGGAAAUGCGAUUACUAUUUCCCACGGGCAUCAGACUGAAUCGUGGUAAUUUGGUGCUGCCAGAACUGGUCCGCUCAGCGCAAGCCGAGAAGCUCAGUGAUGUGAUUUUGCUGCACGAACAUCGUGGUACACCCACGGCCAUGACCAUCAGCCAUUUCCCCCACGGCCCGACAUUGAUGGCUUCCCUUCACAAUGUUGUACUCAGAGCCGAUAUCCCAAGGUCGAUCAAGGGAACGGUAUCAGAAUCCUACCCGCACCUCAUUUUCGAAGGCUUUACAACAAAACUGGGUCUGAGAAUUGUCAAGAUCCUGAAGCAUUUGUUCCCGCCACGAGACGUUACUGCCAGCAAAGCCGCAGGCAACAGAGUUAUUACUUUCGUGAACCAAGAUGACUGCAUCGAGGUCCGUCAUCACGUGUAUGUGAGGACAAGUUACGACUCAGUCGAACUUUCCGAGGUUGGCCCACGGUUCACUAUGCGACCAUUCUCCAUCACCAUGGGAACACUCGAGAACAAGGAUGCUGAUAGUGAAUGGCACCUAAGCCAGUAUACUCGCACCAGCAGGAAGAAGAACUACUUCUGAGCGGCAUAGGGUUACUUUUGGCCUGGUUUUUAAGUGAAGGGACAGUGAAAGGUGAUCAACCACCCGUAUGAAGAAACGCGGUCAGGCCAGCUAGAGGACAUCUGGCAAACCACGAAGAGCUGCGUCGACAAGUCGGCGCUUGGGUGGGAGGGGGAUAUCCCUCUAUGGCGAGACACGGGCUCAGCGCAAUACGGAAACCCCAGAUGUUGGUGGACGUUGCAGAAUCGGUGCAAAGAAGUGGGUGGGAUGCAGGAGUCAUGGCGACAGGGCGUUUAAUGGAAGGGAAAAAUCGGGUUGCUUAUAUAAUCGAGGGGUUUAAGGGCAAUGUACCGGGGGCGAUCCAGCACAUACAAGGCUCGGUU